AACGACUGAUUUUCCGCCGAUUUGGGCCUCUCUCUUCCUCUUCCUCUCUGCUACGACGCAAUUGUAAAGAUCUCUAGAAGUAAAAUGGGGAAACACAUCAACACCGGUUUAGUCAGAAUAUUUCACCGUGAUCAAUCGGAAGUGGGGGACGCAAUUUAAUUAACAGAUCUCUCGAAGUAAAUGGGGAAGCACAUCAACACCGGUUUUGUCAGAAUAUUUGACUGUGAUCAAUCGGAAGCAGGGAACCGGUGGGACAGGUAGGUCUGGCAGGUAACCUAACAAAAAGCCUGCUCCGCAACAAACUAUGUUUUAUUCACUGGUUGCACUUCCACGAGUAGAGUUUGAGUCGGGACACCAACGACCGGGCAAAAAACAUAAUGUUACCUUUACUAGUUGCAACUGGUGUUGUAGUUGCAGUGUAUAUUCUCCUUGUUAAAACUAUUUUCAAAAGCUCCAAAUUUAAUGGAAAUGCAGCGAUGGCAGGGAAGACUGUAAUAGUAACAGGUGGCAACACUGGCAUUGGGAAAGCCACUGCUCUUGAGCUUGCCAGGAGGGGUGCAAGAGUAAUCAUGGCAUGCCGCAACCAAGAGAAAGCCGAACUUGCAAUAAGUGAUAUAAAAAGGGAGACAGGCAGCACUGAUGUGGUGUACAUGCAGUUGGACCUGGGGAGCCUUCAAGCAGUGCGUUCUUUCACCGAGACCUUCCUGAAGACCGAGGCUAGACUGGAUCUUCUCAUUAACAAUGCUGGUCUGGUGGCGGAUGGGCGCACUGCUGAUGGCUUUGGUAUUGAGUUUGGGGUCAACCACCUUGGCCACUUCCUGCUGACCUGUCUGUUGCUGGACCGCCUGAAGGAGGGCACUGGGGGCCGUGUAGUCACACUGGGCUCCAUGGCCUAUCGCUGGGGCAACAUCGACUUUGAUGCCCUUAUCACUAAUAAACACCUGGGCACUGGGAGGUACAGCUGGCAGUUCUUCCACGCGUACUGCAACAGUAAACUGUGCAAUGUUCUCUUCAACCACGAGCUGGCCAAGAGACUGAAGGGUACCAAUGUCACUUGCUACAGUGUUCACCCAGGAGUAGUGAAAACAGAGCUAUCCCGAAACUGCAGCCUGUGGCAGAGAUUCAUCAUUGAGCCAAUAGCUAGACUGUUGUUCCUGGAUCCAGAAUCCGGUGCCCAGACCACUCUCCACUGUGCCCUCCAGGAGGGUAUCGAGCCCCUGAGUGGACGCUACUUCUUCUGCUGUGCGCCGCAGGACGUGGUUGCCAAAGGCAAAGACGACGCUGUGGCCAAGAAGUUGUGGGAAGUUAGUGAACGGCUGAGUGGCCUGUUCUAGGAAAAAGGCACAUUGUUACACUGCUUUUGAUUUGGUGGUUUACAGAUCUGGGGGAAAAUGCUCAUUGAACACUCAUCAUAAUGGAUCAAUGUGACAAGAAACUGCUCAUACAUUAGCUGAUCUCCUUUUCACUAGAGCAUUGAUGUUGGUGACAUCCUGUUUGUGGUGUGUCUUGUAUUGACGAUGAUCAGUAUGUAGUAAGUGUGCCAGUUCAGUCUAAAGACUUAGGAAGCUCUUGUAAAAACUGUUUGACUUAUUAUAAUAAAAAAGAUUCCAAGUGA